UAUUUCCCCCUUGGAGCCUCAGUUUCUUAAUCUGUCAAAUGGGACCAGGGAAUGCCUGCGCCGCGGAUGGCACACAGGGAGGCGGUGAGGUGGAUCUCACCCUCUUUCGCUCUCCAGCGGGGAGCUGUCCCUUUAACACGGGAGGAGGGGUCAAGGCCACGGGAGGCUGGCAGAAGCCGGGCAGAGCUGGUUCCAGUUAGGCUGUGGGCAGCAGGCUGCAGCCAAGUUGGAUCCGGGACUCUUGAGCAGAAAGAUGAAAUAAUCCAGAGAAAAAAACAUAACGACAAUGAUGACGGAGGAGAGAAGGAGGGGAGUGGUGCAGGUGUGGCUGGAACAGGCGGCCGGGAGUGGACGCCGGGCCCGCCAGGUGGUUGCUGGGAUGGAGAGCCCUCUGGCGGAGUGCGCUAAGGGCGGGCACUUCCACGUGGUCACGCCCCUGCUGGAGAGCUGGGCGCUGUCCCAGGUGGCGGGCACCACCGUCUUCCUCAAGUGUGAGAAUGUGCAGCCGGCCGGCUCCUUCAAGAUCCGGGGCAUCGGGCAUUUCUGCCAGGAGGCGGCCAAGAAGGGAUGCAGGCACCUGGUGUGCUCCUCAGGGGGCAACGCGGGCCUCGCGGCUGCCUACUGCGCUCGGAAGCUGGGCAUUCCCGCCACCAUCGUGCUCCCCGAGGGCGCCUCCCAGCCCGUGGUGAAGAGGCUGCAGGGGGAGGGGGCCGAGGUGCAGCUGGUUGGAAUGGUCUGGGACGAGGCCAACCUGAGGGCACAGGAGCUGGCCAGGAGGGACGGCUGGGUGAAUGUGCCCCCGUUCGACCACCCGCUGAUAUGGGACGGCCACGUCAGCCUGGUGCGGGAGCUGAAGGCGGCCCUGGGGAGCCCCCCGGGGGCCCUGGUGCUGGCGGUGGGGGGCGGGGGGCUCCUGGCCGGGGUGUCGGCCGGCCUGGCCGAGGUGGGCUGGCAGCACGUGCCCAUCGUCGCCAUGGAGACCCGAGGGGCCCACUGUUUCAACGCGGCCGUGGAGGCAGGCAGGCUGGUCACGCUGCCCAGCAUCACCAGCGUGGCCAAGUGCCUGGGUGCCAAGACGGUGGCAGCACGGGCCCUGGCGUGCACGCAGGAGCUGCGGAUCCUCUCUGAGGUGGUGGAGGACAGCGAGGCUGUGACUGCCGUGCAGCGGUUCCUCGAUGACGAGCGCAUGUUGGUGGAGCCUGCCUGCGGGGCAGCCUUAGCUGCCAUCUACUCCGGCCUCCUGGGGAAGCUCCAGGCCGCGGGCCGCCUGAGCCCCACGCUGGCCUCCGUGGUGGUCAUUGUGUGUGGAGGCAACAGCAUUGACAGCCGGGAGCUGCAGGAACUGAAGGCCCAGCUAGGCCAGAGCUGAGGCUCCUGGAUGCUCCUGGAGCUGCCGAGGGGCCUCUGUGCUCACAGAUGGCCCUGGAAGCUACCCUGGGCUUCUGGGCUGGCCGCCUCCUGCAGGAAGCCCUCCGGGACUGCUCCCUUCAGCACCCCCACAGCCCUGACCAAUAAACUCUUCCUGAGUUGAGUCUGUAACUCUGGCGGGCCCAUUC